AUGGAAAUCAAAAGGGACAGGAAGAAUAGAAUGCUCUGGCUUAGUCAAAGAAAGUAUAUGAAUAAUGUUCUGGAGAAAUUUAACAUGAUAGAUUGCAGGCAAUUAGUUGUUCCAGUGGCUCAAGGAAUGAAACUUUCUGUUGAAGAUUGUCCAAAAUCUCCUACUGAGAUGGAGGACAUGACUAAAGUGCCUUAUGCAAGUGCAGUUGGUAGUUUAAUGUAUGCAAUGGUCUAUACAAGGCCACACAUUUCCCUAGCAGUGGGAGUGCUUAGCAGAUUUAUGGUGAAUCUAGGAAGGCCACAUUGGAAUGAUGUGAAGAGAGUGUUUAGAUACCUAAAGAGUACAUCACAGUAUGCUUUAUGUUAUUAUGGGAACUCAGAUAGAUCGAAGAGAUCUAUUAGCAUUCGAGGAUUUGUGGAUUCUGAUAGGGCAGGGGACAUUGACAACAGAAGAUCCACGAGUGGAUAUAUUUUUCUGGUGAAUGGUGGUGCAGUGAGCUGGAUGAGCAAGAGACAGGUUGUAGUCACUUUAUCCACUACAAAGGUAGAAUACAUGGUAGUCACACAUGAUUUAAAGAAGCUAUUUGGAUUAGGUGAUUGUGUUUUGAUGUUGGUUUUGAUGUAG